AUGGGACGACCUAGGAGUUGGCGGAAGACAGUGGUGGUUGGUGCAGGACCUGUAGGAUCAUUGGCUGCAUUAUAUGCGGCCAAUAGAGGCGACGAAGUUGAAGUAUAUGACUUGAGGGCAGACUUGAGAGAUACGGGUGUGACGCCACUGAAUUUCACAAAAUCCAUCAACUUGGCACUUUCGGAACGAGGCAUCAAUGCACUUCGCUCGGCCGGGUACGAGCCGAUGCUCGAGGAAAUAUUCGAGACCACUAUUCCCAUGUACGGGCGCAUGAUACACACCAAGGCCAUCGCCGGAGCUCUCAAGGAAGAAGCCCAAGCCUACGACGUCCAUGGCCGCUUCCAAAGGUCAAUAGACCGCAAUGAGCUCAACCGACGCCUCCUCGACAAGCUCGCCACAAUGCCAAAUGUCAAGUUGUUCUUCCAGCAGAAAAUGACUGGAGGCGACUUCCGAGCAAAGAAAGCGUGGUUCGAAGACCUUACAUCUGGUCGUCCAGCGCCUGGCAAACGCGCCCCAGAGUACGAAGUCGGAUUCGACCUCAUGAUCGGAGCUGAUGGUGCUCACUCUGCAGUACGAUACCACAUGAUGAAGUUCUCCCGUGUAGACUUCUCACAAGAAUACAUCGACUGUCUCUGGUCAGAAUUUACCAUGCUCCCAAACCCCAACUCAAACUAUUCAGACGGUUUCCAAAUCUCCCCUCACCAUCUACACAUAUGGCCAGCCGGCUCCCACAUGUUCAUCGCCCUCCCCUCCCAAGGCGGCAACUUCGUCUGCACCCUCUUUGGCACAACAUCCCUAUUUUCCCGACUCGAGACCGCCAACGACGACACAUUCCUCAAAACCUUCGACGACCUCUUCCCAGGCGUAACAACAUUCAUUCCACCCCAAGAACUCCUCCGACAAUUCCGCAGCAACCCACACCUCCCCCUAAUAAACAUCAAAUGCACUCCCCACCACUUCUCCUCCUCCGUCGUCAUCCUCGGCGAUGCCGCAAACGCCAUGGUCCCCUUCUACGGGCAAGGAAUGAACGCCGGCCUCGAAUCAGUCCGCGUCCUCUUCGAGACCAUCGACAGCGCCAAGGACGCACAAUCGCGGCAGGAAGCGGGAUUCUCGGCGCAGGCGCAUCUCGACGAGCAGAUUGACUGGCAUGAUCCUGAGCAUUGUCUUGCUGCUGCACUUAGGGAGUACACGCAUGUGCGCACGCCGGAUGCACAUGCGAUCGCGAAUCUGGCGCUGGGUAAUUACGCGGAGAUGCGGAGUGGUGUUGUUAGUAGGCGGUAUAAGUUGAGGAAGUAUAUUGAGGAGACGCUGCAUAAGUGGCUGCCUGGUUUGGGGUGGAAGACGCAGUAUACGAGGGUGAGUUUCGAUAAUGAGCGGUAUAGUGAAGUUAUCAAGAACGCACGGAAGCAAGGAAAAGUCUUGGAUGCGAUGUUCAAUGUUGUUGGUAUAGGAGCUGUUGGAAGUGUUGCGUUUUGGCUGUGGAAAUAUACCAGGGUGGGUCGCCGUUAG